AUGGCGGGGAGAUGGCGGGGAGAAGGAGAAGCUGGGACGAUCCGAGGUCACCGCAAUGCUGACGGGCAGCACUCGAUGACCUUCGACGACGAUAUCACGAUGCGCACCUCGAGCAUGAGCAAGCACUCCGUCAGGUCUCCUACCUUGUCGAGAACAGUGCAGGCACAGUCGUUCUACACAGGACCUGCGUCCGAUGUGGACAUGUUCGACAACUUCAUCUCCUACUCCUCCUCCCCGGAUGAUUCAGGCGUGUUGCCAUCCAAGGCGGAGGAUAUUUGGGGCAACCAUUCGCAAGAGAUCGAUGAGAACCUUAUGAAUCAGCUGCAGAAAUCCGUCGAGCGGGUCAAGGACGUACUCGGGAAGAAGUUAGAUACGUCGCCAUCAAGGGAGGAGGAGCAGGAGGAAGGGAGCAGGAGGAGCAGGAGGAGUCAAGAAAACCCCGCAGCGGCUGAAGUCGAUUUCAUUUCUGAAGCAGCAGAAGGGAGCUCAAGUGGACCAGGCAACGGCGGGGGUGCAGUGGACGAGGAGGGGGAGGAGGACGAGGAGGAAGAGGAAGAGGAAGAGGACGAGGAAGGGGACGAGGAGGGGAUUCAGAGAGGACUCAACCGUGCAGGAGAUGUUGGGCGGGAGGAAGGAGUCUUCCGUGAAGACCCUGGAGUGGUUGAGGUCACCAGCCUGGCAGAGGCUGCGAGGAAGAUGAUCGCAAAGGAUCUGGAGGGAGCGUGGCGAGGGUGCGAGUUGUGGGCUGAGGGAUCGUACGACGACUGGGAACAUGCGCUGAACGAGUAUGGUGCGCGGAUGUCGGUCUGGGGUACUAAGGUGAAGAGAGGUGGAGGGAUUGGGGGAGAGGGCCGGAGGGAAGGUGGAAGAAGGAGGAGAAGGCUGACCAAGUCGGAGGUCAUGAAACUAGACGAGUGGUGGUACACUCGAGGUUUCUUUGCUGGGAUCAUCCCGAUGAGUUUCGCCAAGUCAGCUCCUUCCAAGAUCAUCCAGCAAUCUACUUUCUUUGCUCUUCACCGGGCGCUGAAAGGUGAUUUCAACUCUUCGUACGCGAACGUUUCGCUGCUGUGGCAAGCGAGUUGGGUGAGGCGACAGGAUGAGAAGAUGGUCGGACUGACGCGAUGGAAGGACGACGAGCACAUGUUUCAUCACGAUCAGCUGGAGAAAAAUGGAUGUCUUCUUAUCAUGUCGAGUAUCCUCGCCGCCCUCGACCCCGAACAUUUCUUCGUCUUCUCCGACGAGAUUCUCGUCUGCAUACCCAGCCUAGGAGGGAAGUUCAGCCUUGACACCUACGUGAGGGCUUGCGAGAUGAUAAGGAGCAAGGUGGUGGCUGCUCUCUGGUCGCAUCUCUGUCUUCGAAUGUCGCGCUGGAAGAUUCGCCCGACCAUCCAGAUGACCUCUCCCCUCGCGUUCGUCUCUUCCCCCCUUGCCCCACCACGGAGCAUUCGGCAGAGAAAUGCGAGGGAGGAGGAGGAGGAGGAGGAGGGGCGGUCGGUGGGCAGGCAGGUCGUUGAGGAGCCUUCUUUGUCCGACGACUCGGAGACUGCCUCCUGGUAUGAAGGAUCGCAGGACUCGCUCCUGCUCUUUGGGGAACAUGAAAAGGAAGUACGAUGGGAGCAGGAGGACCAGGAGGAGCAGCAGGGGAUGGCGGGGGACACCUCUUCAACUUUACCUGAUGGGCAUGCAGGAGCAGACGAUGUAGUCAUUCUGUCAGGAAGCAGAGCUCUGCUGGGAGGGGAUUCGCACCAUGGGCGGGACAGCGAGGAGGAGGGGGAGAGCGAGGAGGGUCGAGUGAAGGAGGAGAGUGAGGAAGAGAGGUGGAAGAGGGGAAAGGAGGAGGUCAGGCCAAGAACGCAAGUCACAACUUCCGCUGCGACUCCUCGUCCUUCCAAUCGUCAGAACCUGCACCCUUCCUCCGCCAUGCGAGAUCGGCAGCCAGUUUCCCGGCCCAGCUCGACCCUGCGUCCUCAAGCUCCUCCACGUCGAGAAAGCAUUGCUCCCUCCUCGUUUCUCCGAGCUCCGCCGUCGGCGAUGGGAACCAGCCAGGAGAGGCGGCAGGGAGCAGGGGUUGAGCAGAGGAGGCUGCGGGACUGUGCGAGGAGGUUCGACCAGUGGAUGAGCUUGAGGGAGCAGCUGCCUGUGCAGGUCCUCGUUCUUUCUCACGUCUGCUGUGUCGGGGUCAGCGAUCAAGCAUGGAGGAUUUUCCUUCAAGUCGUUCGGAACGUUCAAAGCUUGUGGUGCCUGCAGCUCAGAGGAGUCGCAUUCACCGACAAGCAGCUGGUUUUUCUUGCUCGUCUGCUUCCUCGCACAAGGAUCAGCCAUAUGAACUUGGACUGCGACGAGACAACCCGACAAACUUUCCUGGGCAUCAUUCAAGCCAACUUGCGCAAGCACUGCUUAUGGAGACUAAGCGAGGAUAGCACACAGAAUCAUGUGGUGAAUCAGGUCAAGGACUGCUGGUUCAACCCGCUCGAUCAUCCCGACAAUCAAGCUUGGCUGCAAAUCCCCUCGAGCCCCGUGCUGCUCCGCGCCAGGCUGGCCUCGAGCCGAUCCAUGUGGUCAUGA